CACCUGCCCGCCCAGCGGAGAGAGCAGCGGGCUUCCGUCCCGGAGACGGCCCACGCCUCAUAGGCAGGCUUUGCUGACGUCUCUCACCCCUCCCCGGUCUGGCCCCCGGCUAGGCAGUGCGCACGCGCUGUCCGGCUCCGCAGGGCCUCGGCUGGAGAAGGAGGCACAGCCCCCUCCGCCCUUCGAUCGAUGAAUCUGGGAGCGGCUACUCUUCUCUGGGGAGAGGGCGGAAGUUCUAAUCUCUCAGCCCAGACUUAUCGCUCGCGGAGCAGCUCGCCGGUCAGGAGCUCGCGCCGGAGUGGGGGGAAGGAAGAUGUUUCGCAACCAGUAUGACAAUGAUGUCACUGUCUGGAGCCCUCAGGGCCGAAUUCAUCAAAUAGAAUAUGCUAUGGAAGCUGUCAAGCAAGGCUCAGCUACUGUGGGGCUGAAGUCAAAAACCCAUGCUGUUCUGGUUGCUCUAAAGAGAGCACAGUCUGAAUUGGCAGCUCAUCAGAAAAAAAUCCUGUAUGUUGACAACCAUAUUGGCAUCUCAAUUGCUGGGCUUACUGCUGAUGCAAGACUGUUGUGUAAUUUCAUGCGUCAGGAGUGUCUGGAUUCUAGAUUUGUGUUUGACAGACCUCUCCCAGUGUCCCGUCUAGUGUCUCUAAUUGGAAGCAAAACCCAGAUACCAACACAGCGAUAUGGCAGAAGACCAUAUGGUGUAGGACUGCUCAUUGCAGGUUAUGAUGAUAUGGGUCCUCACAUCUUCCAAACUUGUCCUUCUGCAAACUAUUUUGACUGCAGAGCUAUGUCCAUUGGUGCUCGUUCACAGUCCGCCCGAACUUAUUUGGAGAGACGCAUGGCUGAGUUUGUUGACUGUAACCUGAAUGAGCUAGUUAAACAUGGUCUGCGGGCUCUCAGAGAGACCCUUCCUGCAGAACAGGAUCUGACCACCAAGAAUGUUUCCAUUGGAAUUGUUGGCAAAGAAAUGGAGUUUACUAUCUAUGAUGAUGAUGAUGUGGCGCCAUUCCUGGAGGGACUUGAAGAAAGACCACAGAGGAAGCUUGCUCCACCUGCUGAGGAACCUGCAGAAAAGGCAGAAGAACCAAUGGAACACUAAUAUUUGUGGAUAAGCCCAUGUGUUAACCUAUAUAUAACAAUAUAGGAAUGUUCCUCCAUUAAUCUUUACCCUGAACCAAAUGCAUAUUAUAGUAAUUAGGGGAAUUAGUCCUAGAGUAUUUUCAAAUAUCCCUAAACUGGCAUCAAAGUUGUCAUACCUUUUCUCUGAAAGGAAAGGUAUAAUCUUUUUUUUUUUUUUUUUUUUUUAAGUACCAAAAUACAAUCUGUUUUGUAUGAAGAGCAUAUUGUCUUGUAAGGACAUCUGGAAUAAAUUUUUCUUUCUUGAAA